GAGGCUGUGAUUAUCUGGCUUCUGCUCUGUGUUCACACCCCUCACACCUGAGAGAGCUGGACCUGAGAUACAAUCACCCGGGAGACUCAGGAGUGAGAGCGCUGUCUGCUGCUGAACUGGACACACUCACACUGCUUGUGGACCAUGGAGGAGAGAACAGGACCAAACCAGGACCCAGGAAAUCAGGCCCCUGUUAAAGGCAGUGUGGAGAUGAAGGGGGUGCAGAGGGUGGAGUUGGGGACCCUGCUGCAGGUCACCCAGGCCUUGGAGGCGGUGGUGGGCCCGUGCUUCGGUCCGUCCGGGGGCCAGGUCCUCUUCACCCGCGACUCUGGAGAGGUCCUCAUCACCAGGGAUGGCCGCAGGAUCCUUACCUUGCUUCGGCUUGACCAUCCCGUUGCCAGAGUCCUGGUUGGAUGUGUACCAGCACACGGUGAUGGAGCCAAGUCCUUCCUUCUCCUGCUGGGGGCGCUUCUGCGGGGUAUCCACGGCGACCAUCUCCACGGCAUUCAGGCCCGCCGCGUGGCUCACAUUCUGCUUUCCUUCCAGACGCGCGUUUUGGAUGGCGUGAUCGGGCAGGGCCUCGCCCCUCGCGCCCUGUCCCUUCUCCAGGACCCCGCCCACCUGCGCCCGCUCACGGACGCCUACUUCCGGGGAAAGACGGCGAGCUCCCACUGGGGGGUCCUGAGCCAGACGGCCUGCGAGUUCUACCGCAGGUGGCGGUGUGAGCAGGACUGCACUGGCGUGACCCUGAUCGCCCGCCACUUCGCCGCGCUCCACACGCCCGUACCAGGCCUGCCCGUGAGCCGGUCCCGGGUCCUCCAGGGCCUGGUGAUCCACAGAGACUUUGCGGUGCGUUGCCCUGGCGACGGGCCGCUCCGAGCGCUGGCCACAAGCGUGCCACUCCAGUCCCCUCUGGCGCCCCCUGGCGUCUCUCUGAACCUGGCGAGCGCGGCGCAGGCGCAGAGGUGCUGCGGCGGGGUGGGCGGGAGGGCAGAGCGGGGCGUGGCCUGCCUGCGCAGGCUGAGGAUGGGGCUGCUGCUCUCGGCAGCGAAGCAGUCGGAGCUGGCGCUGGACCUCGCUCGGCGGGCCGGCCUGUCCGUGGUGGAGUGCGUGGACAGUGACGAGCUGGCGCUGUUCUGUCGGCUGGCGGGGACGGAGCUCUUUGCCGACCCCGGUGACUGGAGCCUGAUUGGAGAGGAGCACGUUGCCACGGUGACAUUCUGCAAGCCCGUGGUGCUGGGUCCCGACAGGUUGGCCCACGUGGGCUUCCCAGAGGGGCGGGGCUUGGCACCGCACUGCCUGGUUCUGUGCGGGCCCAGUCCCGGCCUGGCGGAGCAGUGCAGCACGGCCUUCUGCGGACUGUUCCGGAUGCUUCAGCGCGUGUACGAGCCUGUCCUGUCGCGUCACGCACAGGGUUCUGUCCAAUCACAUCACCCGCAGGGCAGGGAGGAGGACAGUGAGAACGUAGCUCAUUACAUGGUCAAACAACCCGGCCUACACAAUGGCACAAGGUUAGAUAGAGCACCCAUCAGCAUGAGGGACAAUGCCCAUCUGAGCACUGACAGCACAGAGGCUGGAGGGCCACAGGCCAUUAUUGGGGACCCAAACAGGGGUGAGGGGCCACAGGUCCUCAUUAGCGACCCAAACAGGGGUGAGGGGCCACAGGCCCUCAUUAGUAAGUCAAACAGGGGUGAGGGGCCACAGGUCAGCAUUAGGGACCCAAACGGGUGAGGGGCCACAGGUCAGCAUUAGGGACCCAAACAGGGGUGAGGGGCCACUAUGUGCAGAACCUGAACAUCCAAUUCCAGACUGGCUACGAAAUGGCAAGGCAUCAGGAGAGCGGCCAGGCGUCCAUUUUGGGGAAGGGAAAGAAGGAGCACUGGGGAACCGUAACUGGAAAACAGGCCCCGCCUCUUCAGGUGUUCUAAUAGAGGCAGGCAGCGUGCUGCCAGCAGGGGGCGCGUUUGAGUUCGUACUGCACCACUGCCUCCUGCAGCAGGCCUCCCAGCGGCGCUGCCCCGACCUGUACCCCGGCCCACGCUUCCUGGAUGCCCAGUCACACUUCCUGAGGGCCUCUGGGGCCGCCCCCCCCAGCUGGAGGGUUCGGGGGCUGGAGUCCCUGGCCUGUAAAUACCAGCUCCUCCUCUCCGUCCUGCACACUGCGUCAAGCCUGCUGUCCGUGGACCUCAUCCUUCACUCCCACAUCCGCAGCCAGGCGGAACACAGCCAGGAGGAGGAAGAGGAGGCAGAAGAGUAGAAAUGUUCUGUCAAUCCUGUUUUUCAUUAUGCACAAAUUUGAAUGGCUGUAUGUAUUUAUACAAGUUCCAGGUCCUCCCAUGUGAUAGUAUAUUCAUACCUUAAGUAUGUGAAAUUGGGGUGGCAGGUAUGCCAUCCUGCAAAGUUACGCCUUGGUGGGGUGGCAUGCCCCAUACAUAUACAGCACCGAGAGUUCGGCACUUUUCAGGGUUUCCUUACAGAAAUAACCACAAUGACCACAGAC